AUGAACUGGAUAUCACUGAAACAUGUCUAUUAUAUCCCAUCGGAGGACUUUAUGUCCAUGUUGGCUCUGCUACACCUAUCGUCGUUGACUUUGACUGGAUUUGGCGUAUUGAGACAUUCCAAGGGAAUAAACGAGAUUAGAGUACACAUAUGGUCUCUUUAUCUAGCGGCUGUGCUCUUUAUUCUCUCGUUGGUCUUCUCCAGGAGGCAGCGAGAGGAGAAGGAUGAAGCGUACAUGAGCACUUCUAGCACAUACUCGAGGCUUUUAAAGUUUAUAAUGCCCUUUCUCUUGCUCAUUUCCAUCGCAUCUCUGAUCACUUUUGCGGCUUUCCACGGGGUUAUCAUUGUACUGGCCAUACAUUUGACCUUGAUUACUUUUGUCCUGACCGGCUUUCCAAGGUUGCUCCUCUGUAUCUUGACGAUAGCGGGGAUAUUCAUCGGCACAGGCUUUCAGGUUAUACUUGUAGGAUUCCUCUACGGCAAGUCUGGGUCCCGAAAAAGAAUUGUGGACCUCUCCGCGGACUUUAGGUACGGAACAGCCACGCAGACGAGGGUGGUUUUUUUGGAUAUACUUUUGCUCCUUCUACAGGUUAUUGGAGGGUGUAUAUUCUACAGCAACCACUGGAAGCUGGGAUACCUAAUUUCACGCUACAAGGCGCGACCUGCCUAUUUCAUAUCAAACAUUGUUGGUGUAACGGAGAUUGAGCAUGCACUCAUGACAAAGUACGGUUGCGGUUUCGAAGACUCUAUAAACUACUCGGAAUGCAUGUCCAAUUUGAGUCCAAGAGUUAUUAAAACCAAGGAGGAACAGCCCUCACAUGCUGCACAGGCGCCGUCCAUUGAUCAUGACUCGGAGUGCCUGUCAAAUUUGAACCAAGGACUUGUCAAGGCUAAGGAGAAUGCUUCGCUGGUAAACAAUAGAAAAGAAAGUUAUAAUUGGUCAACAAGAUCAUUUACACGUGGUAGUGAUGGAACGCUAUUUUCACAAUCCACGGGUUUCAGCGACAAGGGUACAAGUUACGACUACUCAACAUCCAUUGAUGGGUACAUUCCCAGCUGUCCAGACGAGGAGGAAGAUGAGGAGUGGGUUAAAAUUUGCAAUGAGAACAUUUCCACAAAUAAAAGACUAGCAAAACGUACAGGAACAGCAGAUGCCAUAAAGCCCAGCGGAUCGUUUGCAAAAAUGGGCAACUUUGCAUACAUUGACGCACGAUUCCAGACUCCAAGGAGGGAACGAAGUGCAACAAUGUACGAGUCUCGCCUAGGUAGUGGUAUAUCAUAUGGAGAAAGUUUAGAUGCUAUUUUAUCCAGAAAGCACAAUAGUAGGAAUAGCACAAAACCCUUUACAAGCUUUUUAUUUUCCAGAGAUGCAUUUGGGAGUGGGUCAAUAUCUCGUUCAUUUGAACCGUCACUCGUUUCAGGUGACUCUCUAGAUGCCACCCCAAUGGAGUUGUCAUCUAUUGACUACUCUGAUAACCUACAAUUGACCAUUAAAGGCAUGAGCUCAAUUGGUGCGACAAGAAUUGCACAAGGUGAUGAAAUUGACACUAGUACAGGGUUUCGUCCGCAAACUAGAGCCAUGAGGAUCAUUAAGCAGGGGCGCAGAAAUAGCAUAGAGAUUCCAGUGCCGCCCAUUGAGUACAAGGUGGAACACUCAUCAAAACAUGCCUCUGAAUUUCCAUGUGAUGAAGAUGCAGAAACUAGCAAGAGGGCACACUCUACCUCAAUCACACCAGAAAAACGGACAAAUACCCAUAUGGAUACGAUCCUAUCAAAAUAUUCAGACUAUAGAAUGUUGAGUAUGCCGCCAGAGGGGCUAUUCCACAGUGAGUCGCUAUCACGUGAACUGGAGGAAAUGAAUCAAGAUAUGACCGCACUUCGGGAUCUUGAAAUGUCUGUAACGAACCCAUUCCUCAAGCUCGUAUACCUUCUUUUACCAAAGUGUAUAAAGGAUGCGUUGGAUGUUUGCGGAGGCAAGUAUGAGAAGCUCAAGGGUAAGCGGGAAAUUAUGGAAAAGAGUAGGUGGCCAGAGGAUUUAUUGGUGCCAAGUAGGAACACUUUUGAUAUGUUUCAUAGCCCUUCAAUUGAAGCAAUGUAUGUGCAUUGGAUGGAUUCAUUUAAUGCAUACUUUUAUGGAAUUACCAAAAAGGAAACGUUUUCAAUUUGCGUAUAUACUCUAGUCGCUUCGAUUAUUUUAUGCCUACGUCACAUUCUAACAAUGGACAAUGAUGAUGCCGCUACCUUUACAAGUGGCUAUAAAAUUGGACUUUUGAUUGCAAGGUACAUUUUACAGGCAAUUGUGGAUUUGCUCUGUAUGAUUCCCAUCUUUAGGACUUCGUGGAAGGUACACAAUAAGAGCAACAUGAGAAGGACAUACUUUGUCAUGCUCUUUUUGUGCCUUUUCCAGUACCUUUUGAACAUUUUCGAUCUCUGCAUGUGCAUUGGGCUAAAUAAUCCUGGAUAUGCUAUGUACAAUACUGUUAUAAUGUCGCUGCUGUUAACAAAGACCAGCGCUCUCCUUAUUCUCAGGUUGCCAACUUACAUCUUUCUCUACCUUUUAUACUUUUCCACCUUCUUGAUCAUUCACAAGACCCAUGUCAAGCACAAGAUUUACCGCUGGCUCUUGAUGGAGGUGUUUUCGCAAUUCAUUAUUGGAGCUGGAACCUACUGCUUUUGCGCCAGGCCAAUAGACACGAAUCGGCGCCUGCUCUUUUCCAUGUACAUUUUACCGUACAUUACCUACCUCAACAAGCGGUUCAAGGGCCAAGUUUUGGGACAUGCAGAGUCGAGGGGCUACGCAUUUGAGCAGGGCGAGAACUACGAGGGCUCCAUUGGGGGACUCGCAAGGGGCGACCACGAGGUGUCUAUACGACACGAGGACAAGGGAUCGAUUAAUGAUGGCAGAGGCUUCUUUGAGUACCUGGGCUCCAUCGAGGAAUCAGGGCCCACCAAGUUGCCAAUGGCAUCCAUUUGA